AUGUAUCAUGCAGAUAUUUCUCCUGCAAAGAUCCUGGCCCCGCAGAGAACCAUAAGCGAGAAUGAUGACCUUUAUGUCACCUGUAGCACCUUUGGGAAGAAAAAAGACUCUAUGGCCAUCGUUUAUUUAUUGAAAGAUGGGAAAGAAUUCAGGAGAAUGACAUUGAAGCAAGACCAGAUCGAUGUUACCUUCAAAAUUUCUAAAGUUAACCUUAAUCACAAUGGAAACUACACCUGUGUUCAUUCCCCUCAAAAUUAUUCCCUCUCCGUCGUUACCGGGACAGGACACAACACCAUUCAAAUUCAUGUUAUUGCCAAUUCUCUUCCAGCAGACAUUUCUGUACUUGGAUGGCCGACUGUUUCUGAAGGGGACGAUGUUGAAUUCAAGUGUACGUUUUCCGACAUUUUGCAUUCACUUGAUGAAUGUCAGUUCAUCUACGCUUACCUAUGGAAGAAUCGAAGCAUCUUCCAAGUGAUGGUAUUUGAUGUUGCUCAGAAGGAGGCCUCUUUCACUAUGGAAGGUGCAGUCGUGAGGGAUUCGGGUGAUUACAGCUGCACCCUGCUGCCGUCUAGUUGCGUCAAAGAAAAUGAGAAACAGAUCUAUGGAAAAAAUGUUGUGGUUCUUAAAGUCAACAAAGUCAUUUUCUCUCCUUUGGUGGCUGUCCCAUUUGGAUUGAUAAUGCUGUUGCUGCUCUUUGGAAUGGUUCUGUGGUGGACUUCAAACAGUCAA